CUGUAAAAAAGGAAGGAGCCUUUUUCUUUCUCCCACUCCCUCUUCUCCGCUCAGUUGCUGUGAUUCGAGUAUCCUGUCCUCAACGUUCUCCUGUCUCCACGGCAACGCGGACUCGGGUACCACUUGCACUUGCAACAGUACAAGGAACAGGAAAGAGCAUCUCGUCGCAGCUUAGUAAUGGAUCUGGAACUGGAGCUGUCCUCCUCCAGUCUGUACCCAGACUUCCUCUUCUCCAAUGCGACACAGAACCUGUCCUAUUCUCCUUCAUCCAAUGCCAGCCUCGGUGUCCCGGGCCAGGGAUUCUCCAGGAAUCAUGCUUCCAUUAUCAUGGCAGUGGCUAUCACUGCCCUCUAUUCUGUGGUGUGUGUAGUGGGGCUUCUCGGCAACAUCUUGGUCAUGUAUGGGAUUGUCAGGUAUGGAGGUGUGUGAGGGUGGGAAGCGGUAGGGGGCGAGGGACUGGCAUUAACUCUUCCUUAACCAUACUAAAACAGGCUUCACUUUCUCUAAGAUGGGAUAGAAAACUCAAGCGGGAAUUUAAUACAUAUUUCAUUAUUUCAUGUGCCCGGCAACUUAACUUGCACUAAUAGCCAACUUCCUUCAUGUAUGCCGAAGACAGAGGGGGGUAAUUUAGAUAGAUAGAUGAUGUUUGCUUGUUUUUCUUCUAAUAUACAUGUGUUUUACCAGUAUCCUUCUGCUCUGUUUGUACCUUUAGAUAUUAUAUAUAAUUACAUGAUGAGAAUAUGUGAUGAAGUGUGGAAGAAUUGUACCUUGUUAUAAGAGUGUAUAUUACUAUGUAGUUAUGUGUGCAUCCUUAUAUCAGCACUUAAUGCACCUUGUUAUAAUUGACCGAAACUGGGUAUAUGUAUACAAUAUUUAUUCUGUGUGCCUUUAUCAUAUUAUAUACAUGAGUAUAUUAGUAUACACACACACACACACACACACACACACACACACACACACACACACAUCUCAUAUGCAGUCAGUCUCAGUGUUUCUAGGUGUACAGUAAAUAUGCCUUCACAUAACUAAAGGUAGAAAAACUAUAUUUUGCAACCAGCACUUACAAAUCAACCUUAGUUGUGUAAAUUCAGGAUGGUUUUAUAACAAUGUCAAUCUUACAUGGUGACUCUUCAGUGCCUCUAGUUACAGGUCUAUCUAUGUAUGUUACCAAACACAUUGCAGCUUCUUCUAUUUCUCAUGAUAAGUUUAGCAUAUUCCUCAUACAUUUACAUAUAUCUCUCUAUAAUUCCUACCUAUAAUUGUUCACUUCAUAUAACAUCUCCCUAAAACUCCUCUCAAUAUCGCUGCUAUAACUCCAAUCUCUCCCCCUAACUCUCCAUUUAACAUCUCCCUAUAACUUCUUCUAUCUCUCUAUAUAACCUCUCCCUAUAACUCCUCCUAUCUCUCCAUAUAACCUCACUCUAUAACUCCUCCUAUCUGUCCAUAUAAAUCCGCCUAUCUCUCCAUAUAAACUCUCUCUAUAAUUCAUCCUAUCUCUCCAUAUAACCUCUCUCUGUAACUCCUUCUAUCUCUCCAUAUAACCUCUCCCUAUAACUCCUCCUAUCUCUCCAUCUAACCUCUCUCUAUAACUCCUCCUAUCUGUCUAUAUAACCUCUCCCUAUAACUCCUCCUACCUCUCCAUAUAACCUCUUCCUAUAACUCCUCCUAUCUCCCCAUAUAACCUCUCCAUAUAACUCCAUAUAACCUCUCCCUAUAACUCCUAUCUCUCUAUAUAACCUUUCUCUAUAACUCCUCCUAUCUCUCUAUAUAACAUCUCCCUAUAACUCCUCCUAUCUCUCCAUAUAACCUCUCCCUAUAACUCCUCCUAUCUCCCCAUAUAACCUCUCCAUAUAACUCCUAUCUCUCUAUAUAACCUCUCCCUAUAACUCCUCCUAUCUCUCCAUAUAACCUCUCACUAUAACACCUCCUAUCUCUCCAUAUAACCUAUCUCUGUAACACCUCCUAUCUCUCCAUAUAACCUAUCUCUGUAAUCUCUCCAUAUAACCUCCUAUCUCUCUAUAUAACCUCUCCCUAUAACUCCUCCUAUCUCUCCAUAUAACCUCUCCCUAUAACUCCUCCUAUCUCUCCAUAUAACCUCUCACUAUAACACCUCCUAUCUCUCCAUAUUACCUCUCCUUAUAUUUUAUUUUGACACCUCCUUUAUCUCCAUAUAAUCGGCUCAUUUUACUCACCAUAUCCACUAACAUCUUGUAUCUGUUUUUUUAAACAUAAACACAUAAUAUUAUAGCAGUUAAGAACAGACCAUUAUAGUCCGCUGGGCAGAUUCAAAAUUAAAUUUCUAACAGUUACUCUGCUAUGUUCUAGUAAUUAGACUGUUACUAGACUAUGCUACAUCCAGUUCUCUUUUAUUUUAUAAAUAAAUGUUAUUUUCUUAUUUUAUGAUUCAUGUAGCACUGAUACAGACUGUUCCACAAGUACAGCAAUCUAUUUGUUCAAGAAGAUGUUCUGUUCACUAUCGUCAAAGACAUACUGUGAUAUGACUAGAAAGUGUUCCUACAAAAUACUUUCAUUUGUCAAUAAAUUCUCAUCCCAAAUCAUGACCUAAACUCAUUUUCCUUGAUUGCGAUGUAUUGGAUUCCCUAUUUCAGACAUCAGAACCUCUGAAGAAUUCUAUUGAUACAUUCACGAUCCUUCCUGCAAGGUGACCUGAAUAAUAUUCAACCUCUCACUAUCUUGUUAAGGGACAUAAGCUGAUUUUCUGGAAACGAAAAGUCCUUAAAAUGCAUUACCUCUUCAACCUUGCAAACAACUUUAUAGCCAUUAAAAUGUCAUCACUCAUCCACAAUUAUCAAGACCUAUUUGUUAUCUGGAAGGUAAAUAAUAUUUUAUUCCAUUUUGCUCGUCAGCUCACUAGAAAAUAUAAAGAUAACAGAAUAUUAUUAGCUAGAAUUCCCUGCUUAUUCAACAAGUAUGAUGAAUGGACACAAUUGCAAAAUGGUGGAUCAGACAUGAAAUUGUGGUUAUGUGAAAAUGUAUGCAUGUUUCACUCCCAAACAAUAUAUUUCUUAUCUGUAUAUCUGUUGUACAAAAGUAUAAGAUGAUUGGUUAAUUAUUCUUGUAUUUUAAUGUGCAUAAUACGUUAUACAUAAUCCAUAUUUGUCUCACACUUUGCUGCUUAUUAUCCACAAUCUUUUCCAUGCUGUUGAAACAAAUAGCAAUAUUAUGGGACUCAUACAGCUUAAAAGGAAACUAUAGUCUCCAGAAUCACAACAGCUUAAUGUAGUGGUUCUGGUAUCUAAACCCUGACCCUGCAGGCUUUUUAUUGUAAACACUGCCUUUUCAGAGAAAAGGCAGUUUUUACAUUGCUGCCUAGGAGCACCUCUUGUGGCAGUCACUCAGAAUUCAUUCAAUGCAUUUCUAUAAGGAGAUUCUGAUUGGUCCAGCGUUUCCUAUGAAAGCAAGACUGAUGAUCUCAGCCAUGUAGGUGGGGCCAGUUGUGGCGUGACUGGCGUGGUCAUUAAGAAAAGAUUUUAAAACGUUUAGUCUCCACGUAGAGGGGGGCCAGAUUCCUAAAUACAUGCUUGUAUUCCUCACACUAUAGUGUUUCUUCAGUAUUUGUUCAAGGAGUGAUUGCUGGUAAAUUCACCAACUUCCUCCUUCUCCAUGUGACUUUUUCCACCAAACAUGUAGAACUUUCCUUGAUAGAUCUCUUGUCCAGGUACAAUUUGACAGUUUGACUGUAUCAGGAUAUUUGUGUAUGUAUGUAGGUUGCUAUUUCCAAAUGUGUAGCAUGUGCUAUGUGAAUGCUGUAGGUGUUAUGGGUCUAAUGGUACUGUAUAUGUUGUGGGUGUCAUGUGAUGUAUGCAUUAUCAGUGUCAAAUAGGCACAUAUGUUAAAGGGACUCUCCAGCCAACCCGUUUUACUCACGUUGUUCCAGCGCCGUGAGCCUCGUGAAGCCGCGUCCCCUAUUUCGUCAAAAUGACGAAAUAGGCGGGCGUGAGCCGGGAGGAAUCAGACGCUUCCAUUUGGAAACGUCAUUGCUCCCUUGUGCGCAUGCGCAGCUUCGCCGCACAUAUGUAUAUACUUCAGAGGGCAGCAUUCAUGCUGCCCUCUGAAGUCCUGAGCGCACUACCGCAUGCUCAGCUCGCGGUCUUUGCCCGCCCCCUCUCCUCUGCUGACAGGCAGAAGAGAGAAGACGUGCACACAGUGCCUUCUCUCUCCUGCACACGUCAGACGAAUUUUAAUACGUCUGACGUGUACAAGGCCUUUUUAGGGCCCUGCAUGAUAGGAAGUCCCUCUGGUGGCUGUCUGAGUGACGGCCACUGGCGUAUUCCUAUCAAUCAAUGUAAACACAUUAAGCUGUAGUUGUUCAGGUGACUAUAGUGUCCCUUUAAAGGUGUCAUGCAUUCUCUAUGUGUUAUGGUUGCAUACAGCUUCUAUAUUUAUUAUGGGUGUUAUGCCUCUUCUGUAGGUUUUAUGAGGGCUUUAUUUAUUUACUUUAUUUAGGUGCUGUAUGUCUCAUGGGUUCAAUUGGUGCUCUAUUUUAUGUGUAGGUGAAUUAUGGGUGAAUAUUGGGUACCAAUACCAAUGUGGCAUUUGGUCUUAAGCUAUGGUGUAGAUGUUAUAAAAAUUAAACCAUUUUUUAUUUAAAAGAGGCGCAGUUUGAGAAAUGUCACCAUACUGAAUGCAACAAAAUUUUCCUUUGCAUCUCUACUGGAGUGUUUAAGAUGCUUCAGUGGACCUUCAGCUCCAGGCCAAAUGUCCCAUUACGCAAUAACUUCAGUAAACAGUAGCUACAAAACCAAUUUUAUCUUUAUCAGACAUGCUGCUAAGCACUACUAGCCUUGCAGUAAUAAUUUCUGUCCCUCAGACCUAGCAUUGCUUAAAAUUAAGACAUUCAUAAAUAUUGUUCUACUAGGGUAGAAUAAAAAUCUGUUAUGACCCAUUAUGCCUAUCAGUGUGGAAUUAGGCAUCCUACAUGAACCCAAGUGAUCCAAGUGCUUUUUUCUGUAUUCCCUUCUAAUUAUAUGCACCUUGCUAAACUUUAUUUCCCCUGAUAAAUUGCGGAUGCCUCUAUUCUCUCACCCAUCAUUUUGGUUUGAUUGCAAAUCUACAUUUAAUAAUAGAGUUCAUUGGUUUCCUGGAUGUAUUGGUCACUAUGCACUGUAUUUAGUUUCAUUAGUAAUUCUAGCGAUCAAGAUUUAAGUUUUGUUUCUCUACUUCUGCAGUAUUUUGUUGCAAAUGGCAAAAAUGUCCUUUCAUUGUGCCUGCACUUUAAUAAUGUAUGAAGUGUCCACUCAGUUCUCCACUCUAUUCCAACAUUAUUUAACAUUCCAAUCUUGUGCCUAGGUGUUUAAUUUGCCUGGCAGUGAUACAACUUUCUCUUUUAUAAGUUUUCUUUUCUGCCUUUCAUCUGUCUUGUAGAAUUGUAGAAACUAUAAAAACACCCUGGUACAGUAAAUGCAGGUUAUUCUCAUAUUCCUAGGACAUAUAUGAAAGAUCACCAGUGUCAAAAAUUCAUCCCCUUCAUGGCAUGUGUGUCAACAGGUCAUGCUUCCAACAUGAUAGUUUGGUCCUCAUGUCACAAGGUUGCAAUUAGCCUUAUCUGCAACAGUUUUCAAGGGGUAUUUACACAUGGAAGACAUCUAUGUGUUUGACAUGAUGUCAGAAGUCUUGCAUAGCACUCUAAUAAUAAAACACACCGAGCAAUGAGGCAAAUCAUCCCAAAAUCAAUUACAACCAAACCUUAAUUACUUAACUCACGCAAUCCAACAUGAAUAAAGGCUUUAAGCUGAAAGUUGAUGCUGCAAUCCAACCUAAAUGAUGGUGUUAAUGUGAUUAAUGUAUGUGUUUUCUUUGUAGUGGAUUUAAUACAUAGAUGCUACAUCUCCUGCAUAACAAUGUAACACAUUACCAUUUUUGAGAUACAGUAUAUUUACAUUUAGCUAAAAACACACUUCUAGUGAGUGUUAUUCAGACAGCAACUAAAGCCAGUUCAACUUUGUAGGGACUCCUAGAGCACUUUAGCUUUGCUGAAUAAUUUAUGUUUGAAGAGUUUGUCCUAGAAACUGGCACUUUUAUAAUCUCACCCCUACACCCCCCAGUUGUCAAUCAGAAGACAAGUCAUGUUAACUUCCUGGUUUGGUUAGCUCAGUGGAGUUAAAUCUGAGAGGCAGGCAAUGCUUCUAAACACAUGCCUUGCAAAGCAUUCUCAUUGAGCUGCAUUGGGAAGUCUGUGAUUGGACAGCCACAGAACAUCUGGGCAGGGUAAGAAGGGGGGGGGGGGGGCUUGCAAAUGCUUCUGGCAAGAGGACUGCAACGUUUGCCAGCUGAUUUUAGAUAUAUCCCAGAGAAAAUGCAUGCUUAAGUGCAUGCAUGUUUUCAUUGGGAUUAUAUCUACUAAACAGUGCUUUUUAUUUUAAUUUGGAACAUGUAGUGUCCAUUUAAGAUAUGCAUAGCAUUAAGAUACGGAAUGCAGCUAGUGCUGCUCAAAGAAAAACAUUGCAUUCAAUGCUUCCUAUAGAGAAGGCAGAUUAGGCUACAGUAAAGAAACUCUCAAACUGAAUUACAUAUAGAUUAUUUUUUCUUCUUUUAUCAGAGGGGUGGCAGUAAUUUAAACCUACUAUGGUGCACACCCCACUUUCAAAUAAUGUUGUUUUUAUUGUGUGUUUUUUUACAAUUAGUGUGUUUCUUUAUGGAAUGUCACAAUGUAUAUUUGCACAAAGGUUUGUGGAACAGGCAAUUACAUUUUCAGAAUUAUUCCCCAAAUAUUAAUUUCCAUAAUUGUAAAGUGAAUUUAAAGGGUAUUUCAACGCUUUAGUCAAAAUAACCAAACUGAAAACAUAGCUGAUUUUGACUUUUACCUAAAUUCUAUAUGCACGUUGAGUUUACUUUUCCAAGCAGUUCAUACUUUGGUGAACAAACCCUUUCAGAUUUUUCCCCACAAUCAUACUUCAUUGUUUUUUAAGCAUGCAAAAAGUGCCAGCUCAUGCACUUUUCUAAACUUCCUCAGACACUCCAUUAUUUAGUGUAGGAUUUUCCUAUGCCUUUUUCAAUCAACAGCAAAAAACAAAUGUGAGGAAAAUCGAACUUGAUUGACACAUCUUUUUUUCAGCCUAUGUAGCUAUGUAACAAUUUCUUGUCAAUUUGGAAACCUUACUUUUAAAAUCCCUCCCUUAUUUUGUCUUGUAACGAAAUCCCUUAUUAAACAGACCAUGUGAACCAGCUUGUUCGGUUAUUAGGAUGGUUACAGAGUGAUUUCGUGCAAAUAGCGAGAAAAACGAAUGAACUACCAAACCACCCGACCUCCCACUGAGGUCGUGUGGCGCCUAUUAACCACCCAGACUGUUGCGCUUAACCACAGACUAAUUGGGGAAUAGCUGGUGGUCCGCAUUCGUUUACCGAACACGUGGCAAUCGCCAUUUUGGAUUGUCGAAUGCGCAGCGGUAAAUGGCGAGGAUUCCCUGGAACUAAUUUCGGCUACUUAUUUUGUUGAACACCGCUGCUACCUCUUCAAAUCCUCGUUCGUACUGUGGAAAAACACACGAAUGUCGGAGAUACUACUUCAUUCGUGCGUUGGAAGUAUGCAAAAGUGACCGACCCCAGAUAGCUACAGUAUGUUACUUGUAGUCAGCUACAAGCACACGAACGGCCGGCGAAAGCCAAAUUUCAGUCGACGUUUCUGAGAACUGUGUUUGUGGGAUCUGAGGGCUAUUCGCCUAGAAUAUGCACUCCGAUCCAAGCUAUCUGGGGAUAUGUGGGACUUAAAGUUUGUUAUGUAAAAUGAAAGUUAUAGAUUUUUAUGCUGUUUUGCUAAAAUAAGAAAAGCCAUGUUUCUUUCUACCUGGAGAUAAUUAAGGCUCUUUUUACUCACUUAAGUUAAUUAUCUCCAGGAUUGAAAAGAGGGAGUGAUUUAUGGAAAGGGGAGUGCUUGUGUUAUAGCCACUGUGAUUGGCUACUGUAAUGCUUUUGUCCCAGUCUUCCAUCUGGUCCACCAGGUGGGAGACCUGCAUAAAUACCGGGCGGGUAGCCCAUAGUAAAUCAGAUCGUUUUACCCCUUCACGAAGUCUCGACUCAUGUUUGGGGGAUUGGGAGUUAUAAUCACUUCGUUUCAGCUGGAUUUCGGGAGAAGCUGCAAGGAUCAUCGCUGCACGAAUAGAAGGAUCCUUUACAUGUCUCUAAAUGAAUCCCACUCUAUAUAAAGUCUCUAUGCCAAUGAGACCUAUCCCAAUGACACAAAUGUAAAAUGUACAACCUUUUACCAGAGCUGUUACUGUCUCACCAUAUGACCUAUAAUUAUUCCUCUGCUUAGCGCUCCAUAACCUUUCUUUUUAGUUUCUCUGACAUCUUCUAAUAACUGUUUCAUAUCUGCCUUCUACACGGUCGUGUAGACUUUCUCAGCACCUCUACUAUAGCCAUAAACAUGUGUUCAAGGUUCUGUCCAUCUUACUCUACCUGGAAUUGAGCCCCAGGAGAAAUAUGGCAGCUGGCCUUGUGCUGCAGUCUGUCACAGGACCCAGAGUUUCAAUGAUUUGUUUUUAGAGACAGACAGCCUGUUGGGAUCCCAUAAUGCCAAAAAAUCUUGGAGCUAUUGAAAUCUGAUACAUCUAAAAAUAUGUAUCUAAUAUUUUGAUCCUGUGCCAAUUGUGUUACAAAUAGACUAACUUGGGAACCAUUGCUAUAUAAUGAUGGAACUGCUAUGUAAAAAUCAUAUUUAAUAUAUAAAACAUUUAGGGCCAUCCAUUCCGAGCAUUUAUAUCAAUCUGCUUGCUCUACUGUACAUUUUUUCAAUAGAGUUAAUAAGCUGCAGCAGUUAAAUAGACUCUGUGAGUGCAUCCAACGACAUUUGUUCUCUUGGCUUUAAGUGCUAUAUUUUUAAUCAAAGCAAAACCACACUGGAAUUGUUGCCAUAAGCAAUAUCAUUCUUGUUACAUGGAAAGCUGUGAAAGGUGCUGUUCCAUCUAGAUAAGAUAUUAACCGCUUGCUUUAUCAUGCUUAGCAGUGGAAAGAUAGCUCUGUCAUUUUUAUUCUUCAGUAGUUUAAAACACUUAAAACCAGAUCCUUUUAUGAAGGUGUUUUUGCAGCUAUGGCAACAACGCCUUUUAACCUAUCAAUGCCCUCUUAUUGAGCCCAACGACAGCAGGGUACAUUUAAUCAGACUCAGAAAAAAUAUAAAGGCUCCUGGGAAAACCCAGUGAGUUCCCAGAUAUGCCAGUGAUUGGGUACAAAUAUGUAUAGAUCUAUAUAAAUCUUGUACUUAAAUAUGCACAAGUCUCAAUCUGAAUAUCCUUUUUUUUUUUUUUAACUAAUCAUGAUUAGUGGAGUUGCUUUUUUCCUCCUUGUAUUACUAAUCAUUGCUCUUUGUUCUUUAAAGAAAAAAACUGUAAAACGUUUGUUUUGAAGUCAAAUUUUCAUUUCAUUUACAGGAAGCAGUUGGUGAAAUCCAAAUUAAGCUGAUUAUCCUUUGAAAUAGAAAGAUUUGAUGACCUGAAACAAAAACAAAAAAUCAAUUUGCCAUUUUAACUAACACUACUCUUGGCUAUAGUGGCACAGACUCCUUAGUGAUAUUAUUGGUCUUUAUGUUUGCACAUCACUUAAGAACUAGUGAUAACAAAAAUCACAUUGAUACGAAGUAAAAUAGUUGCCACACUAAAGCAGCUCUGUCACCCUCCCUCUCCCCAGUGAGUAUUUCAUAAAGAUAAAAUAUUGGAAUUUCACUGCAAUUGCAUCUCAGUCAAGAGAUAAAUAAGACAAAGCAUGUGCGAGAGUACAGCACUAAGGUUGGCUCCUGGUAGAUGAAGUAAAAGGGGCUGAAAAGACGAUGGCUGGAUAAAUUCAGGUAAGUAAACCUCAUCUUUCCCUGUACCCCGCAGCCACCUGAUUGCAAGCGGCACCAUUGAAGACUUUGCAAAAUAAGUAAACACCCCAAAAAGUGACAGAGCUGCUUUAACCAAACUUCUGGAAUAAAAGGGAAUCAUGACAUGUCACACUUGUCAUGUGUCCUUAAGGGGUUAAAUAUAAAUAAGUAAUAACUUGAAAUGAUAUAAUUGAAUAAAGCAAUGUCAAAAAAAUAUACCUAUUCAUCUUUAAGUUUGCAUUUUAAUUAAGUUUAAUAAUUCAAAUCUGCAGCAAGCAUUGAAAGUUGCAAUUUUAUUAUGUUGACUUUUCCUGGAAACAGAAUCUCUGAAAUAUGGCAUUUACAGUAAAAAAAAAAAAUGCAAUUAAUCUAUAUGAUUUACAGUAAAAAUAUUGCAAUUAAUCUAUAUGAUUGAGCGCUAAAAUAAAGUUAUAAGUUCUGAACCAAAACAAAACCUUGAUUUUGACAGGACAGAAAUGGCUUUCAUUUAAUUUCCUGUGUAUAUCUUACACAACCUUACUUGUGAAUAAAAUUUUAAAAAUCAGGAGGGGGUGGUGAGGGGGCAUUUUUGUUUAUAAUAAUGUUUACGCAUCUAAUGCCUCUUUAUAAAAAUAAUUCAACAUAGAGUCAUAUAUUAGUCUUGGUUGUUACAUGCCUAAUAUGCCUAAGAUCGAAAUACAUUUUGUUAGUUAAUGCUAACCCUAUACCAACCAUACCCCUUACCUAAAGCUUACAAUAACGCUAAUCAUAUUUUACCCAUAACUUGUACCCUACAACCUUAAAACAGCAUCAACCCAGACCAAGCAUUAAUCCUUACCUUACCCUAACACUCACACUACACUAACCCUACCUCUAAAGUUAACCAUUAUGCUACCCUAGCACUAACUCUGUAACCCUACACUAUUCUUACCCCUAAAUCUAACCUUAACCCUACCAUAACCCAAAGCUCCAACACUAACCCUAUGGAAACCAUCUGCUAGUAUCAAUUAUGAUAUUAUGGGGUUCAUAGUUAACACAGUAUAUAGUGGUCUGUGACCGCCAUCUACUGCCUGUUUUCAAAAGUACAGUCACUGUAAUUAUGAAUCAAGCCUUCUUACCAGCCAAUUACACUGUGCAAAGCCCAGCACCAGUAACAAUUGGCUGGGGAUGGGCAGGAAGACCCAGCCAAGGUCAGACCUUUGGGAGUCUCACUCAAGCUCAGCCAUAGCUUUAUAAAUUCAUUUAAAGGGCUCUAAGCAGCGCUGACUUCUAGUGUUUAUUAGAGUUCUUUGGUCUCUAAGAAUAUAUAACCCUGAUCACACUAAACUGCAGGGCACUGUAUGUUGUCCUUUAGACAUUUAAGCGCACUCUGUGUAGCACGGCAAGGUCCUAACAUCGGGAAGGGGUAAAAAAAUCUCUUUUAUGUCCCAAGCUGCAUUUCAUUUUGUCUAACAAAAAUGUUUAAAAGUGAAUAAAGGACGAUUCUCACUUUUUAUUUCUUCUCUACAGAUACACCAAAAUGAAGACUGCCACCAACAUUUAUAUAUUCAAUCUUGCAUUGGCAGAUGCCCUUGCCACCAGUACACUCCCCUUCCAGAGUGCCAAGUAUCUCAUGGAAACCUGGCCCUUUGGGGAGAUCCUCUGUAAGAUAGUUAUUUCCAUAGACUACUACAAUAUGUUCACCAGCAUUUUCACCUUGACCAUGAUGAGUGUGGACCGUUAUGUGGCUGUUUGUCAUCCUGUUCGGGCACUGGACUUCCGUACACCUUCAAAAGCUAAAGCUAUAAAUGUAUGCAUCUGGAUCCUAUCAUCAGUCAUUGGUGUUCCAAUUAUGGUUAUGGCAGUAACCAAAAUUAACAAAGGUAAGUAGCAAGAAUAGCUGGUAGUGUUAUAAUAUGAAAUGAUCUGCUUGAGAAGUUGAGGAAUGUACAUGAAAUUGUUUAUGGAUUCCCCAAUAUUGUGGUAAGACAACAAGAAACAUAUCUCUUCUAUGCAGGCUUUAUACUGUACCUGGUGAAAUCAGCCAUAUGUAGUAUUGUGCAUGUUGUGCACUGGAUGUUUGAGAAGAUGGUUCCAAUUUGUGUCGCCCUUUUUUCACCUUGCUCCGCCAUCAGGCUACCAUGCAUGGCAGUUACAUAUUUCAGUGACGCUGACGACAGCAAACCUGAGCCUCUGCAGUUGCUUGGAGAACAAGACAUCUUUCUUUUUUUGCCAUCACUCAGUGAUUUGUACUUAGUUGAAUAGGGGGAACCCACCCAAUGAUAACUGGCCCCUUCCCCACAAGAAAAAAAUACUGCACACACAGCAAAGAUGCAGACUAUAUAUAUAUAUAUAUAUAUAUAUAUAUAUAUAUAUAUACUGGCGGAACUACCGCAAUCGCAGCUGCCUUGUGACGGUGGUGCCCACCGGCUACGUAUGACUGCCGGGGCCACAUUGAAGGGGCCCAUCGGGUGUCCAAUGCUGUUAGGGCCACCCGAUGGCAAUUAAUUUCCAGGGUGCCCGGUCAGUGCUGCGGCGCUUUAACCCCUUAAGGACCAAACUUCUGGAAUAAAAGGGAAUCAUGACAUGUCACACAGGUCAUGUGUCCUUAAGGGGUUAACAGCACGACAUGGCCCCCUGUGGUGAUGUCAGACGUUGUCAGACGUUGGGAGGAAGUGACAGCCCCGGUUACUCCUCCCAGCAAUCACCGGGAGCCAUGGGGAGGAGGAAGGAGAAGAGUUCCCAUUCUGACUCCCAUCAGGCUGAGCCACUGGACCCAAGGAAAGUCACCCUCCUGCACCUAAAAGGUAGGAAACAGGACGGUGACUAAAACAUUCUGUAUAUGUGUUUGUAUGUAUGUGUGUGUGUGAGUGUUUGCGUGUGUCUGUAUGAAUGUUUCUCUGUUUGUGUGUAUGUAUAUGAGUGUGUGUCUGUAAGUAUAUGUAUGUCUGUCUGUGUGCCUGUGUGUGUGUCUGUAUGUAUGUUUGUGUAUGUCUGUCUGUGUCUAUGUAUGUAUGUGUCUUUGUAUUUGUGUGUGUUUGUAUGUGUGUGUCUAUGUGUGUCUGUAUUUGUGUGUGUUUGUCUGCAAGUGUGGGGGGGAACGUAUGGGAUGGGGAGGGUAAACGUAUAGGGGUGGUGGCGGGGGCCCCAGGGCAAUUUUCACACCGAAGCCCCGUGGUUUCUAGUUAUGCCUCUGUAUGUAUGAAUGUAUGUAUGUAUGUAUAUGUAUAUAUUCAAGUAGAUAUUGUAGUCGUAUUAGUCCAAUGAUGCAGAUGUAAAAAACAGAUAAAAUGUUAUCUGUUUUUUACACACACACACAUAUAUAUAUAUAUAUAUAUAUAUAUAUAUAUUCAAAUAAACCAGUAUUGUAAUUGUAUUGUAUACAAGGAUCCAACUGUUGCACUUAUGCAGUUUAGCUCUAGCAGUGAGUUGACAAUCAUGAGACUUGUAAUAUACCGAAAACUGACUAACUAGUAACACCAGUUCCCUAAUCAAUUGUAGGUGAUCUUCUCACCAAGGUAUCCUUGUGUUGGUGCACUGUCUGAGCUAUUGAUUCAGGCAGCUCUAACCGGGGGAAACAAAGGUAUUAAUGCUGAUAUAUAUUAGUAAAGUGCUUCUCAUUAGUGUCUUCAGACAGCUCUGGGAUGCUGUCCCUUUAGCCUCCUGGCUUACAAUGAAAGGGUCUUUCCACACAGAUGCUUUUCUGCAGCUCUGAUUGCACCUUACUGGUACUAUGACCGAAUUCAGGAGUUGAACACUCUGGGUACUUGCAGUCUUUUCCACUCACUCAGGAACCACACCGCACAAUGCUAUAUUUUCUGAACACCAGCACUUGAAUCUCAGUGUACUGCUUGGAUGUUGACAGUGCACUGUGCACAUACUAAAAACAGAGGGCUUGCUCCUGGCCUGCUUACAAAGAGCAAUGUGUCUCCUGUUUCUUUACUCCCCUCCUUAGCUUUGCCUCUCCCUCCUUUUUCAGAAGCUUCUCCGCUACACUGCUUCCUCUGAUAGGCUGAGAGGCGUAUAUAUAGCCCUGAUUGACUGACACAUGCCCAAAAGACAGAACAACCACUCCGAGUUACAUGUACCGCCGCGUAAAAUUUCUUCCUCCCAGUGACAGGACAAGAACAUCCUAGCCAGCUUCAAAACAGUAUAAGAGAACAUGGUACAUGAUAUAGGAACAAUGAUUUAUAACAGCAAAGCACUUUUACGAAGAAUUUAAUUUAGGCGUGCAACAUAUUUAUCAUUUAUUGUACUUGGAUUGGGACUGAGAGUAGGGUGGUUCCCCAUUGUUGUCAUAUGUCAGUUACUUCAGUGGCCUAUAUCUUCUACUUCAGCCCAGAUUCCUCUGUGGGAGUCUGCCGACAUCUUCAGCACACGGUAUUCCCCCACACUAUUAGGCAGGGGUCCAGUUGCUUGAGGCUCUGCUCUUCCCAUAGAACUUUCAGAGGAACCUGGGCCAAAGUUAGAGUUUUUUUGGAUUCAGAAAAGAUGGAGAAGUAGCAGGGACAGAAGGCUGUUCUUGUUCAUAGCCAGAUUCAACAGCUCCUCUGCCAACAGAAACCUUAUCCAGGGUCAACUGCUGCGGAGUGUCUCAUACUGGGCUCUAAUCUCCAUCAUUCUGACUAUUAUUAACUUUGUCAUCUUCUGGAAAGGCCACAGGCAAUAAGUGAUUUUUAUGCUUUAACUUUAUCCAGCCUUCAGGUCCCUUGAUUCUGUACAUGGGAAUCCCUGGGAUCUUGGAGACGACUUCAAACAAAAUGUCUUUCCAACGGUCAGCUAACUUGUGUUUUCUUUUUUGUCAGUAGGAUUUUGUUUCCAGAAUGAAUGUCCUUAUUAUGUACCCUAGUAUUAUAUCUUUGCUUGUUAUUUUCAUUCAGGUUGGCUGUGGCCUGCCCAUAAGCCUUUUGUAAGUUAUCCUUUAGUUGCCUGACAUAGCAAUCGUGAGGUCCAUGGUUCAUUCUAUCUGAGGAUACUCCCAGGUGGAUGUCAAUGGGCAUACUUGCUUCUCUACCAAACAUAAAAAAAUAUGGGAGAAGCCAGUGUCAUGUCACGUACAAUUGUAUGCAUGAACCAUUGCUUAUACAUGCCAACUUCAGGACCUUUAGUCACAAUCACAUAUUAAGCAGAGUUCUGUUGGACCUCUCAGGAAGAGCAUCUCCCUCAGGGUGGUAUAGGGUCAUUCUAGACUUUUGAUCUGAAGUAGUUUCUGUAAGAUAUUACUCCUCACCUUGCGGUAUUUGCGCCCAGUGGCCGUGCGUCUGUAUAACUGACUCUUGAUACAUGUUAAUGGACGCCGGCCACUGCGGAUCCACGCCAAAUUGUACCCCAAUGUCCUCCUAGGUUAAUGACUAAGUCGGCUGGAUCAAUUAGUAAUCCUGACAUUACGACAUGGCCAUAGAUCCUGUAGAAUUGUGUAAGCACAUAGCAGCUUGCGAGAGAAAGCUAGAGGAGAAUGAUCACCGUAUGGAUCAAUUUGCACAGGCUUUCAGUACGCUUCUUACUAGCACAGCGCAUCUGCAACCUGCGGCUUCUCCAACUGUGUCACCUCUGCCUAGUGUACCUCCACCUAUAGUACAUAAGGCACCUACUAUCUCCCUAUCUCCUUCCCCCGCAUUUUGAUGGAAAUAUUCAAGAAUGCCGGGGAUUACUGAAUCAAAUUAUCAUUUUGAGGCCUCACCAGGAUCGUUUCCCUCGGAUAGAGUUAAGAUUGGUUUCCUAAUGAAUCAACUUAAAGGUAAAGCCUUUAUAUGGCUUGGGCCAGUCCGUUAUGGGAGAGUAAUAGGAGUAUCGCACACAACUACCAGGAAUUCCUUGCGGAAUUCAAAUUAACAUUCGAACCAUUAGGCAGUGAGGAUGUCGCCUCCACUGCCCUAAUGCAUAUAAAACAAGGGAACCAGUCUAUCUCAGAUUAUGCCAUAUAAUUUCACACCUUGGCAUCUGAGGUAAACUGGACUAAUAGUGGGUUGAUCUCUGCUUUUACAAAAAGGAUUGUCCGAAGCAAUUCUGGACGAGAUUGCUGCCAAAGAUCUACCUAAAAAAUAAAUGAGUUUAUAACAUUUGUCAUGGAAAUUGAUAAUAGAUUAAGAACCAGAGAAACUACCAGAAAAAAACUAAACGUAUGGCUAUGUCACUAGCACCUCGUUUUUCCAGACCUAUUGUUCCUGAUCCUCCUGUUCAGUCUGAACCCAAACCAAUGCAGUUAGGGGUCACCAGACUGUCAGAGGCAGAAAGACAAUAUAGGAGAAAAGAGGGCCUAUGUCUAUACUGUGGUAGAAGAGGACAUAUGAGGAGUGCUUGUCCCAUAUGUCCAGAAUACUUAAGGGGACAGGUCUUAGGUGUAAUGGAUAUGUCCAUUGGGAAUAACAAAAAUAGAUUUCUUCUCGAUAGUAUGAUUAAAUGUAACAAGAAGAACUUUUCAUGCAAGGCCCUGAUGGAUUCAGGUGCAGCAGGAAUCUUCAUUGAUAUACAUUUUGUAAAAAAAAAAUACUAUACCUAUCAAGGAGAGACUAUCACCCUUUGCCGUUGAGGCUAUUGAUGGGAGACCACUCUCUCAACCCUUAAUUACCCGCAAAACCUUACCCAUUAGCAUUUUCAUUGGUGCCUUACACAAGGAAGACAUAACUUUUCAAGUUAUUGCUUCUCCUUCUUUCCCCAUCAUAUUAGGCUUUCCUUGGAUUACUAAGCACAAUCCUCAUAUUGACUGGGCUAAUGGGGAAAUAAUGGAAUGGGGCAAGGAUUGUACUGAGAGGUGUAUGUUACACAUUACCAUAGAGUGGGCAUCAUUACAUUAUCCACUACUAUGUCUCAAACCUCCGAAGUUCCCAAACAAUAAGUUAAGGAGGUAUUUAACAAAACUCAGACCAAUAUUCUACCUCCUCACAGAGCAUAUGACUGUUCCAUAAACCCAAGGGAGCAGUAUAUGCGUUAUCUCCACAGGAGAGUAGGAUAAUGGAGGAGUAUAUCAAAGACGCCCUUAGUAAGGGCCAUGUACGUAAAUCAUAAUCGCCUGCUGGUGCAGGAUUCUUUUUUGUAUCUAAAAAAAGAUGGUGAGUUACGUCCAUGCAUUGACUACAGAGCGUUGAACAAAAUCACCAUUAAAAAUGCCUACUCCAUUCCCCUCAUUUCCGAAUUGUUUGACAGACUCCAUGACUCUUCUGGUCAUAGUCCUUUCUUCAGUAAUAAAGGUCGUCAUCCUACUGUACUACCACCUGUUUUCUCUGACACGGCUAUACCUGCUUUGGAUGAUCACCUUGCUUCUGUCCAUGAUACGUGGACCAAGGUUCACUCCGCUCUGGAAACUGUGGCUGAUCGUUUCAAGUAUUAUGCUGAUAAAUGGCGGGGUAUGAAGUGGGUGAGAGGGUGUGGUUAUCAUCACGCAACGUUAAGCUGAAAAUUAGCAUGAACUUUGUCCCCAGAUUUCUUGGUCCAUUUCGUAUCAUUAGGAAAAGUAAUCCUGCCUCUUAUUGUCUGGCACUUCCUGCCUCUUUGCAUAUUCCCAACACCUUUCAUGUCUCCUUGCUCAAACCACUUGUUUGCAAUAGAUAUACUGUCCCAAGUGUUCCCCCUGCUCCAUUGGUUGUUUCUGGACAAGAGGAGUAUGAAGUCUCCUUCAUAAUUGAUUCCAGGUUUUCUUGUGGCACCUUACAGUAUUUGGUUGAUUGGAGGUGGUAUGGGCUUGCUGAACGUUCUUGGGUUCCAGCCUCUGACAUCCAUGCUGGCCGCAAAAUUUGUUUUUUCCAUGCCAAAUUUCCUCUAAAGCCUGGCCAGCUCGUCCGGUGGGUGGUCUUCAGGUGGGGGGUAAUGUAACAUAUUCCUCCUCACCUUGAGGUAUUUACGCCCAGCGGCCGUGCAUCUGUAAACUUGCCUCUUGCAACAUGUUAAUGGACGCCGACCGAUGUGGAUACCCAGCAAAUUAUACCCCCACAUCCUCCCACGUUAAUGACGACGUCACACGGGAGACGUGCGCACACUUUUUGGAGUCAAAUGUAAAGCACUUAUUUAAGCUCAAAUUUUGCCCUGUCAUGGUUUCCCUAGUGGUUGUCCGAGAGUGUGUUCCUGAGCGUUUAUUUCUGUUUUUUUACUUUGGUUUCGUUUGACAUUCCUGUAUUCUGGUAUCUCUGACUUCUGGCUUUCCCUUAUCGUUGUGUCUCAUUUUGUACCCCCGACCUCGGCAAGUAUCCUGACAUUGGUGCGUUAAGUUUGGCCAUUUUAAGUCCUGGUAAUAUGUUACCUUUUAGUCCUAGGUGUGACACAAUUCUACGUGCUGGAUAAUCCUGACAGUUUCAACAUCUAAUGAAUUAACUUGCUUUCAAAAUCUCUACCUUGAUCAAAGUGCAGCCAAUUUUGGAACCCAUAAUGCACAAUUUUUGCCACAAUUCUUUAGCAACAGUGGAAUUCUUCUCAUCUUUUGUUGGGUAUGCUGGGGCAUACUUGGUGCCAAUGGAACAGCUUCUAUGCAGAAGAAGACUAAAUCCAUGGUGUCCAGACUCUUCAAGGGGCCCAUGGAUCCAGCUCGAGUAGAAAAGAGUUCUUCUUCUGAAAGAAUCUUCUGCACCUCCGGCAAUACACCUCUGCUGACUUUCUCAUUCCAGGCCAGUAGAAGCGAUCUUGUAUCAAACCAAACUUUUUUUCAACUCCUAAGUGACCAUGGUGUUUGUGAAGAAACCUCAGGACCAUCCCUUUGUAUCAGCUGAGCAAGUCUACACACCGUAACUCUGAGAAAUGUACCCACUCAUGUUCCACUGCAGAGGGCUCUGAAUCCUGGGCCAGGGAUCGGAACCCACUCCUCUUUGCCCCUCCCUGCAGGCAAUAGCGGUCGCCUAGAUGGAUCUCCAAAUUAAGUACUGGAUAAUUAUUCUAACUUCCAAUCAAACUCUGAUUAAUGUAGGCCACUGGCUUAAGCCCUUCCGGAUAUGGUUGGUGUAGGAUACCCCCAAGUCCUUCCAAACUCAUGUGUAAAACAAAUGGCUUUUUGGGAUCAGCAUAGGCUAGAGCAGACACCUUACUCAUCUUCUGCUUAAAAAGCCAAAAGGCAUCUUAACAACUCUGAAGUCUAGUUUUAGUAAUCAGGCACUGAACCAUUCUUCUUUCUUACCAUGACUAUGGGAGAGGCAUACCCAUUUCUUGAAGUAUGUUCCUCACAUCUUUAACAUCUCAAGGUGCUAUUUGUCGUGAUCUCUUAUGGAAGGGGGCAGGAUCAUUCAGCCUAAUAAUGCUGGGUACUUAACACAGUCAACAUCCAUAUCUCUCGUAGAGAAUACCCCUUCUCGGAAUCUAAAGGUCUUCAACAGUCUUUCUGUCAAAUCUGGGGAUACAGAUUGAACUUCAGCUCUUUGGGAAAGUUUUCUUCAUAAUUUACUGCCAGUGUUGUGAGAGGAGCUAUCUCAUCCAGAAGGUGGAUAACUUCCAUUUACUCACAAUGAUACAAUAAAUCAGUGAUUGAUCAUUUGAAGACAGUCAUUGGAAUUACUUCAAUCUUCUGACUUCUCCAAUUUUUCACUUCAGGCAAAAUAGUCCUACCUUAAAGGAAGUUGUCUUCUGGAAGGGUGUCAAGUUUAGGGAUAUGGAACCCAAAAUUCAGUACUUGAAUAAUAAGCAGAAAAUAGAAAACAAAGUACAAGGCAAACAAAAUCUGAUAGCGGCAAGGCAGAGGCAAAGUCAGGCAAUCCAAAAAGUCAAAAUCCGGGCAGCAGAGGUUCACAAAUGAUAGGCAGGUCAGAGGUCAGUGUAACGGAGCUCCGGUACUCCAACCAAGUACCUCCACCAAGUCUGCUUCCUUGUAGCUAUCAGGGACCCUGAAACACUUCAGACCCAGACACCGAGGCUUGACUGGGAUCACUUAGGGCCUUUUCCACCCUAGACCAAACACUAGACGACACAUGGUGAAGGUUAAACAGCAACUCUUUAAUGAAUACAACACACAUAGUAUGAAGCCCCCAACAGCUUCAUUUACAUACAAUAGGUUACAUAGAUUACUAUAGUACAAGGAAGGGUGGGGUCAGACAAUAGCAAGGGCUGAUGGGAGAUUGAGGAGGGACAGAACAGCUAGUUUAAACUGGUCUGGCAGUGUCCCUGGGACAACGCUCUGCUGGGGAAACAAUAGGACAGGAAAAAGGGGAGAGGGGGUGAUGCACAGACCAGCAAUACAUUUAACAUACCCUGCACAAAUAAUAGGCACAAUGUGACAAAACACAAAGGGAAUUUGGGAGCUCACCCAUAGUGUCUGUUCUCCAUCCCCAGUGAUGGUGACUACCGUCACAUAUCUUCCCCCCCAAAGGUAGACUAACCAGGUACCAGACUUCCAAAAAGUCCAUCCAUCCUGGCAGCCUUCUCGACAAAGUUCCACAUAGUUUGUAAGUUUGUCCCGAUCAGGAGCAUGGAGCCCUCAUAGCCGAUCAGUCUGUGGAAGUCUGGUUUGGGCAGGCCAGACUGGGCUUCUCGGUUACCCUGUGCCUCUAAUAAGCACAGGGUGACUUAGACAUAAGAGGGGACUUGGAAGUGGUUUGCCAUGGCCUCCUUCCCAAACUCAAACCUAUCCCCAUAUGACUCCACUCUUAGGGGGCCACUGUGACCCCAAUAGACCCCAACAGCAAUUCUGGAACCCUGUAUCACCCUGUAACACAAGCUCUGAAUAGUUUCCAGCAUAUUUCUCCCCCUUCAGAAGGAGACCAAUACAGGAGACCCCAGACGAGUUGACUCUGAAGUUAGUGACUACAUCCAGAUCAUCAAGGCCAUCACCGAAACGGCACCCCAAACAAAUUGCCCAUGGAAGAGCAGCACUUACCCAGCCGACCUCUGCAUCUACUAAAGCAUAUACAUGCGUGCCCACUGUCCUGUCUCCCCGGAUCUCUCUCAGCCGCUGGAGGGAAGGCAGGGUGGCUGGGCCCCCUCUGACAUGGGGUUGGGGAUCGGAGCUCAUUGUCCAGCCUUCCUGGGGAUUACAGGUAGAGACCAGAGUCCCAUCCAUUUGUAUUGGAUAGAGAUCCCCUAGUGCUUGUGGCAAAGGGCUGAGGUUAGCCGUGCUUUGCUCUGGGAUCUGCUUUUCCGUGGGACCAGCAUUGUCUGAUGCCAUAGGCUCGCGGGUUACCAGUGGGUUUGGGCAGAGGCAAGUGGAGCUCUGCCCCGAUGCCAGCGCUUCAGCUGGGGGAGUUGCGCACUCCUUGAACUCCACCUUCACUAGAAGGAUGAUCUCCCUGCUUUUCAACUCCAGCGUCAUUGCAAGUUGGGCAAAGGCCAGCAGCGCUCUGACUCAAUGCCAGCACUUCAGCUGGAGUGGUGGUGUACUCCUCAAGUUCCACCAUCACCGAAAGGCUGUCCUCCCUGCUCUUGACUUCCGGCGUUGCUGCAAGUUGGGGCUCUUCUGCUGGGGUUACACUUUGCCACUGGGGAAAAAGACCAACUGCCUCCUCUCCCUGUAACGCAAACUUCAGCUGGGGAGGGAGAUCGACUACCUCUAUUCCCAGUAACUCAAUCUGCUGCUGAAGGGGGAGACCGACAACCUCUACCUCUGCUGCAUGAGUUUCCAUGCCAGGAGUUGGGAGAUCUGGGAUGGCUGUCCAGUAUCCCCGUGAUUCAGGUGUGGAGAAUACGGUUCCUUCCACAUCUACCUGACCAACAUAUUCAGAUGUAAGGUCUAUUAAAUCCCCAGUCUCUGGUACCUGCUGAUGUGCAGAGUCAAACAAUUGCUUGUAAUCCAGUUCAAGCUCCCACUCCAUGGUGGCCAGGUGGGUCAAAUCAGGUUCCAGGUCAGUUGCUUCUGAGAGAUCCAGUAGGUGUUCCCUAUUUUCCCUAAUGUCAUAAAGCCGGGACCUCUCAGGACUUCCCAAUUCAAUUUUAUCCUCAAAGGCCUCCCACAAUAGGCCAGGGCCAUCAUAGUCCUCACCCUCUGGAGGGUCAUCAUCUGCUAGAAAUGGGUACUGCUGGACUGCAUACCACCUUAAGGCCCGGGAAGAAUCAUCCAGCCACAAUUCUUUCUGUACCAGCUCCUCUAAUUUAAACACCCAUUCCGCCAGGGGCUGCUCUCCCAAGAAUUGCAUCCGCAAAUCAACUUGAUCCCAAAAUCGUUGCAUAACGGUUGGGAGAGAUUCUCCCCGAAGACAACUAACCUCCUCAAGGACAUUGUUCCAGAGAUCCCGACGGAUCGAGUACCGCCGGUCCAGUUCACCCUUUGUUAACAAAGGGCCAUCGUACUGGGACAGAGUUGCUUGUAGCCUCCGCUGUAACUCCUCCUCAGAUGGGGGUGCUGCACGGGUGCUAGCUCUAUCCAUUUACAUGAAUUCCAGAAAGCACAGUGGGAUCCCAGUAGAGGCGCCUGUGUCCAGGGACAUUUCUCCACCUGCUAGGAAGCUAUCCCACCGCUCCAACCGAGUACCUCCGCCAAAUCUGCUUCCUUGUAGCUAUCAGGGACCCUGAAACACUUCAGACCCAGACGCUGAGGCUUGACUGGGAUCACUUAGGGCCUUUUCCACCCUGGACCAAACACCAGACGACACAUGGUGAAGGUUAAACAGCAACUCUUUAAUAAAUACAACACACAUAGUUUUAAGCCUCCAACAGCUCAUUUACAUACAAUAGGUUACAUAGAUUACUAUAGUACAAGGAAGGGUGGGGUCAGACAAUAGCAAGGGCUGAUGGGAGAUUGAGAAGGGACAGAACAGCUAGUUUAAACUGGUCUGGCAGUGUCCCUGGGACAACGCCCUGCUGGGGAAACAAUAGGACAGGAAAAAGGGGGGAGGGGGAGACCAGCAAUACAUUCAACAUACCCUGCACAAAUAAUAGGCACAAUGUGACAAAACACAAAGGGAAUUUGGGAGCUCACCCAUAGUGUCUGUUCUCCAUCCCCAGUGAUGGUGACUACCGUCACAGUCAGGUAAAUCCAGGAGAGCAGGUAGAGUACAGCAGCAGGGAAACAGGUUUUAAGCACAGAACAACUGAGCCAUGAAAGCUCAGCUGUUCUGAGUUGAAAUAGGGUGCCAAAGGAAAGGCACACCUAUUCUGGCAUACCUCCAUAACACCAUAUUGGUGUAUUGGGCUGUCAGUCAACGGUGUUGCCAUGGAGAGAGAUAGUAUACAAAUGUGUUCCAGCCACACCUACAGGGUUGUCCUGUGGCAUGGAACGGUCGUGCAUGUCUUCCAAUCAUCUAUGAUUGCCUGGGAGACGUGACGCAAUCUGUGAGACGUGACGCAAUCUAGAUUCAGAGGUUGUGGCUUGCCCCUUGUAUUCACGCGUGUGUGUAUUUGGGUGGCCGCAGCUCGGAUAGCAGCAAUAGAAUAGAGGUAAGUCGUGACAAAGGGAUUCAAGGCAAAACUGACAGUCCCCAGGAAAUAUACCUUCUCCCAAGACUGCAAAAGCUGUGAUAGACUUCAUAUAUCCAUGCUUAAGGAAAACAGGUUGGGGACCUGAAUAAUGAAACUGUCUAGUUUGGUUCUCAAGAGCCAAUUUAUGACAUUCUUGCACCAUCCAUCCUUUUCAAAGAGACAUCUCCCACUUCCUUGGAACACACCUUGCACCAUUUGAUCAGAACACACCUUGCACCUUUUAGUCUUUGUCCCAAAUAUAAGUGGAAUAUCAGGCCAACCUGGGUUUGGACACACUAAGGCUUCUAUAUUCAUAGGACACGCUAUUCCAGUGUCCAGCUGAGAAAUACAAUCUGCACCCUAAAGAUCCCUUCUACGGGUUUAGCCUAAGAAUAAACGUCUACAGUGCCCAAUCCCAAACUUCCAGGUGAUUAGGUUACAAAGCCUACUAAUAAUUCCAUUAGGAAUUAUUACACAGGUGCCUUCAUUUGUACCCCUUUCAUUUGUAACUGCUCUCACAGGUGCCAUCAUUUGUAGCCCCUUUUUUCACCUUGCUUCUCCAUCAGGCUGCCAAAUGUGGCAGUUGCAUAUCUUUAUUUUUACAGUGCCUCCACUCAGUGAUUUGUACUAAGUUGAAUACAGGGAACCCAAAAUGUUGGUGAAUGUGUGUGUCUGCUAGUGACUGUGUCUGUUAGUGAGUGUGUAUGCCUGUUAGCUAGUGUAUGCUUGUCUGUCAGUGAAUGUGUGUGUGUGUGUAUUUAGAAGGCGGAGCAGGGGGAAGGGUGGGGUGGCACGGGGUAGCCCGCGGCGGGGGCGCCUGAGUUUUGUCAUGCCUAGGGCAGCACAAAACCAGGAUACACCACUGCUCUCGCCCCAACUCUGUCUCUGGCAUACUCACCCUGUCACAAUCAUCCCCUGAAGACAAUCAUCCACUCAUCAUACACACAGUUGUAAAACAUAGCUGUGACAUAAACUCAGUGCACAAAGGACACUCAGACACACACUCUCAGGCACACACAUAGGUAGACAAUGCAAGACACACUCAGAAAUACACAUUUUAAUGUUUCCAAUAACCCCUUUACACCAGCACUUAUCCAUACACAACCGCUAGGCUAUGCAACAAUAGCCCGCAAUCGUGUAUAAACCAGGGCUUGACAGAUUUGCUUGAAAUCUACGAGCCAGCUAAAAUAUUUAAACGUCAGAAAAACAAUUCUUAAAGAGACACUAUAGCAGUGGUGGCGAAUCUUUUGCCCAAACCGCAAUACAUGCCAACUUUUGAUUUUCUCAAAGUGCCAACACGGCAAUUAAACCUGAAUACUGAGGUUUAAGUUUAGAAAACACAACUCGUACAGUUGUCCAAACUAAUUAACAACUUUUGUUUUAAAAGAAGAACACAACAGAGUUCAAUGAUACAAAUUUUAAAUAAUUAUAAAAUAGAUAAAAUUAAGCUUAUAUUUAUUAGUAUCUCCAACAAAUACAAUACAUACACACAGACUGCUGAACACAUUCACACAGUCCACUGAAUACACACAGUCCACUGAAUACACACAGUCCGCUGAGUACACACAGACUGCUGAACACAUACACUGCUGAAUACACACACACAGACUGCUGAGUACACACACAGAGAUUCUGCUGAAUACAUACACACAGACUGCUGAAUACACACACACACAUACAGACUGCUGAAUACAUACACUGCUGAAUACACACACACAUACUGCUGAAUACACACACACAGACUGCUGAAUUCACAGGCGCGGCAACGCUUCACACAGAUUGCUCGUGGGAGGACAGGAGAGCUGCUUCCUAGAGCCCUCCCCCUGCCUCCGGACACGGUAGCAGAGUAGGCGCCUGCCGUUUUGGGCAGGCAGGUGCCUGCUCUGCAUUGAUGCAGGUAGCCAGCGGCCUCCUCUCCCGGUGACCUAUGGCCACGUGCCCACAGAGAUGGCCAUAUCCUGUCCCUGCAUGCUUUUCAAUGUAAACGCUGACUUUUCACCUCUAGAAGUGCUUCCUGGGUCAGUUAAUUCUCCCCAUAGGGAUGCAUUGAUUCAAUGCGCCUCUAUGGGGAUAAUUUGAUUGCGCAACAUGGUGUUUUUCUGCGCAUACACAAUAGUUUCCAAAUGUUUUCGUAUGGGGAAGCAUUGAAUUGGCUGAGAUCGUCACGAUUGUUGAACUCAGCCAUGGUAAGCAUAACCAGCAUGGUGUGGAAAAAAGGUGAGUAAAACACCUUUCCCAUAUGAUUUGGAGGGGGCAGGUCACCUAAACAACAACACUCACUGACAGACAGACACACACACAAACACUGAUUUGAUACACACUCACUGACAGACACACACAGACACUGAUUUGAUACACACUCCCUGACACACACACUGAUUUGACACACACACACUGACAGAGACACACUGAGACACUUACUCACUGACAGACAGACAUACACUCACUGAUAGACAUAGACACACUCACUGACACACACACACUCACUCACAAAUCAUUACUUUUUUAUUCUAAUUUAAAUCCACCCAGCUUUCCAACCUUAAGGCUCCCGGCAUCACUGGAGGACGCGCAAGGGAGCAGAGCAAGGAGAUUACAGCUACCUCGUGAUGCACGCUGUCAUCCAUGCACGUCUCCCUCAGCUCUCCAAAGGCCACAUGCCCGCCUCAGCCCUGCAUGAGCUGACUGCCCGCCUCCAAUCUCAGCCAGCCAGUCACUUCAGGGGCUGAACGGGCUCACAAAUCACAGGGAUUUGUUGAUCUCUGGUAUAAACAAUAAGCAUAAUUGCAAAUUUAAAUUUGUUUAUUGCAAAUGAUGCCAUAACUAUAGUGAGAGCUCACGACACAGCGGCACAGUGAGCCGCAACAAUGCAAGCCUCUGAACGAUGAAUACAGAGACUAGCUCUCUGUAUCUAACGCCGCAAGCCUGCCCUUUAAUAUAUAUACAGCUUCAUAUACACACUUGUCAACCCCUAUUUUCUUUUUCACUAAUGGUAUUAGUGGGGACUUCAUGUUUGAGUUUCGCCUAAAGCCUUGCAAAGUCUAGAACCGCCACUGCAUCCAAGCUUAUAUUUGAAAUAGUUGUCUUAAAUUAUGAAAACAGAAUUUCUUUCAUAAAAAUAAGCAUCCCAGAUUGACAGCAAAAAACACGGGUGACCUAAUUUCAAGACAGAACAAGGUAAUGUAACCAGACUUCCCAGAACAAAAGGGCAUAUGCAUUAGGGAGCUAAGGAAUGUUUACAUAUGACUCAAUUGAAAAAUCAUAUGACUCGAUCUCUGACCCUAGAAGGUAUCAAACUAUGAUAUAUACUCCUGCAGUGCAGUAAUAUAUAAUAAUAUAAUUGAGAGGACUGUUUUGCUAAAAUGAGAACACAUAUUUGUCUUUCUAUUUUAACAGCUGGAACAAUCACCUGUACACUUCAAUUUCCUCGUCCUGACUGGUACUGGGAUACAGUUACAAAAAUUUGUGUCUUCAUCUUUGCCUUUGUGGUGCCAGUCCUCGUAAUUACAGUGUGCUAUGGUCUAAUGAUUCUGCGCCUUCGCAGCGUUCGACUUCUCUCUGGCUCCAGGGAAAAAGAUCGUAAUCUGCGUCGAAUCACCCGCAUGGUACUAGUUGUGGUAGCUGCAUUCAUUAUUUGCUGGACACCCAUCCAUAUUUUUGUCAUUGUGUGGACCAUGGUAGAUAUUGACAAGAGAAAUCCAUAUGUUGUAGCAAGCUGGCAUUUCUGCAUUGCAUUAGGCUACACCAACAGCAGCCUUAACCCUGUCCUAUAUGCUUUUCUGGAUGAAAAUUUCAAGAGAUGCUUCCGGGAGUUCUGUCUUCCUUUCCGUUCCCACUCAGAACAAAGCAGUUUCAGCCGAGCUCGCAACACCACUAGAGACCAAGUUUCCACCUGCGCUCAGUCACAUGCUCCAGACAAGCCAGUAUGACUAGACAUGGAUGGCCGAAGGAGAGGAUCCCGAGGCCGCAGAGGAGAAGAUCUGAACUCUGAAGUCACUCAGGUUACUAGUACCACUGAAUUUUAGCAGGAAGACUCUUUGUACAUUCAGAACUGAGAUCAUGUUGUCCAUUCUUAAAAUAUUUUCUCAAAUGCCAGUCCCUUUCUCUCUACAAACAUGCUAUUUAGUCUUAAGGUAUGGUAUUUAUCCUUACACCUGUUUAUUAAUAACUCCAUUCAAAUGAAAAUUCAACUGACAAUCAAAACAUCUACCAUCCAGUGUGUUUGGAUGUUAUCUGACUUAAAAAAAUCAAGCAGUUCUUAGAUCUUUUUACUUAAGGAAUAUUUAUGAGUAUGGGACAUUUGUCUUCAAUAGAGACCAAUAUAUUGUUCUAGAUAUCUGGAUACUUUUUUUUCUUGAAACUUUUUGAUCUAAUCUCUAUUUCAAUGCCUAGUUGAUGGUUACCUAGAGUUUCAAGUUACUGAUUCCUCUUCAGUUGUUAGUCCAAAAAGCCAGCACAUAAUUUUCUUGAAGUCUUGAACAGUUUCUGAACUCGAGAAUUUUAGGGAUGUGAAACAAGACCUGUAUUGAGGAAAUGUUGAACUUUGCCUUUCAAAUGACUGAACAAUUUCAAGUUUCCAUCACAUUUGAAUUGUAUUAACAGACUAUAAAUGAAUAAAAUAGACUUUGGUUGGAAGGAGUGUUUAAACAACUGAGACCAUCCAUAUUCCGAAAUGUGCCAACAUAAUUUAACAUAAAUUUUGGAUCUGCUUAUUAAAGAAACCUAUGAUUUUUGACUUUUUUAGUAGGGCGAAUAACAUCAUAAAUCCUACAAGAACUUUGAACUUCGAAAGCUUUUUUUCAGAACAGUAGCAAUAAAUGACUGAAAAAAAUGAGCUUAUAAUCAGUUUAUAAAUAAGUACAUUUGGGAAACGUGUAUACUUAUGUCACAUAUGAAAUGAUACAGAGUCUUCACAUUUUUUAUAGUUGGAGCAGUGAAAUUAAUUUUGAAUAUUUAGAAGAAGAACAACAUGGACCUGAUCAGCACUGAAGUGGCUUAUGCUUUUUAGUUGUACAGGGUUUGCUGGUUUUCAGCAGUACAUUUCUUGAGUUGGCUUUGUAAUCUAUUUCAAUCUGUAACAUACAUUUGAAAGAAUACACAAAGUGAUUUCCGGAUAUCACAUAAAACCAGCUGUAGACUGAUAAACAACAAUCACUUUGGUAUUCUGAUAAGGGCAGGGACAAUCACUGAAAACUAAACAUGUGCAGUGUGUCCAUUAAAUUAAUAUUUUCAGCAUACCGUGAAAAUAUAGUGAUAAAAUGCACAGUAUUUGUUUCUAUUGCUCAGUCAUGACUUCAAGUUGAUUUAGAAAUGUAGUGAUGAUCAAAAAAUAAUAAUCAAAAAAGCAGGGAUAUUUCAUUGUUGUGAAAGGGAUUAAAUUACAUGAAUUUAUAUAGGGGUGGGCAAAGUAUGUUGAG